UUUCCAAUCAAAAGUGGAAGAUUUCUCUUAGAGUGAGCUUCCACAAUAUGGAUAAUCUAAUAUUUAAGAUAAGGAAUUUAUACACUUUGGUUCUUUUACUUUUUGUACUGUGUUUUAAGCCUUCUUUUUCAUCUAGAUCACAUAGGCACUAUUCGGGUGGUGAUGGAAGAAAAUUGAGGAGUUCUGGUGAUAAUGUUAGUGAUCUUGUGACUCACUUGCCUGGUCAGCCUCAAGUAGACUUCCAGCACUAUGCUGGUUAUGUCACUGUCAAUAAAACCAAUGGAAGAGCACUCUUUUAUUGGUUCUAUGAGGCUAUGGCUAAGCCAGAAGAGAAACCAUUGGUGUUGUGGCUUAAUGGAGGUCCUGGGUGCUCCUCUGUGGGAUAUGGAGCAACACAAGAGAUUGGUCCAUUUUUAGUGGAUAAUAAUAAUGAUGGACAAGGCCUUAAAUUUAAUAACUUCUCAUGGAACAAAGAAGCCAACAUGUUAUUCCUAGAAUCUCCUGUCGGAGUUGGCUUUUCCUAUUCAAAUACAACCAGUGAUUAUCAACAAUUGGGUGAUGACUUCACAGCCAAUGAUGCUUACAAUUUUCUACACAAUUGGUUCCUCAAGUUCCCAUCAUAUAGAAGUAAAACAUUUUACAUAGCAGGAGAAAGCUAUGCAGGAAAGUAUGUACCAGAACUUGCUGAACUUAUCCAUGAUAGGAACAAGGACCCAUCUCUUUACAUUGAUCUCAAGGGAAUUUUGCUAGGUAACCCUGAAACAUCUGAUGCUGAGGAUUGGAUGGGACUAGUUGAUUAUGCCUGGAGUCAUGCUGUGAUAUCUGAUGAAACUCACAAAACAAUCAAGACAAGUUGUGACUUUAACAGUAGUGAUCCAUGGAAAAAUGAAGAUUGUGAUCAAGCAGUUGAUGAAGUACUCAAACAGUAUAAUGAAAUUGAUAUCUAUAGUCUCUAUACCUCUGUCUGCUUUGCCUCUACAGCACGUUCAAAUGGUCAUUCAAUGCAAACUUCAACCAAACGUUCAUCCAAAAUGAUGCCUAGAAUGAUGGGUGGUUAUGACCCAUGCUUGGAUGACUAUGCUAAAGCUUUCUAUAACAGACCAGAUGUUCAGAAGGCCCUUCAUGCUAGUGAUGGUCAUAAUCUAAAGAAUUGGAGUAUUUGCAACAACAAGAUAUUCACUGACUGGGCAGAUUCAAAACCAACGGUUAUCCCAAUUUACAAGAAACUUAUAUCAGCAGGACUUAGGAUUUGGGUUUACAGUGGAGACACAGAUGGUAGAGUACCAGUUCUAUCAACUAGGUACAGCUUAAGUACUCUAGCUUUGCCUGUCACUAAACCAUGGAGCCCUUGGUACCAUGAAAAUGAGGUUAGCGGAUGGUAUGAAGAAUAUCAAGGGCUUACAUUUGCAACAUUUAGAGGAGCAGGUCACGCAGUUCCCUGUUUCAAACCAAGCAACUCACUUGCGUUUUUCACCUCCUUUCUACAUGGAGAAACACCUCCUUCUACAAAAUAAUAAUAAUUCGAAUAACUAAUCAUAUUGGGUACAUGUUAUGUGACCCCGUAUGAAAAUUUUGCUAUUACAUAGCAAUAGCUAAUAGUCUAAUCAUGUCUAAUAUGACAAGUAUUCCAAGAUAACGAAUAAAGAGUUUUUUGCUCACGGCCUACCAAAGCGUUAUGUUAUUUUA